AUGAGCAAAAAGUCAUCCAAGUCUAACAGUAGUAAAUCCGAUCUAACUUCUAAUGAUGAAGAUGUGAAGGUUAAUUUUGUGGAGAACCCGUCCACAUCGGAGUUGUUGGAUGUGGUAAAACAAUUGAUUUCUAGGGUAAAUUCGUUGGAAAACAAAGUUGCUGAUCUUACCAAACAAUUAGAAAAGGAGAAAGGAUCAAAAUCUAAGAAAAAGACUAAAAAGAAAUCUAAGGAUGAAGUCUCUCAAACUACUGAAUCUACAACGGACACGAUCACUGACACAGUGAUAGAAACGCCUACAACCACCUCGGAACACGUCACCGCUAGAGAAAUUGUGAUGUAUGAUUUAGAUCCCCCACAAAUAGAAGAAUGUUGUGAAGUUGCAUUAGAUGCUAAUUCAUCUGCAAUUAAAAUAAUCGAUGAUGCUACCUUGAUCUCUCAAUCAAAUAGCUCAAUCAAGGCAUCUUCCAUCUACAGAGAUGAUAUGGAUUACGAAGAAUUUAUAUCAAGUGAUGAAGAAUUUGUCGAGCCAAAAAUUUUGCAGAUGGACUUUUCACAAGGUGAAGACGCUUUAAGCUCAGAAGAAGACACUGAAUUAGCCAAUACCACUUUGAAAGAAAUUGGAGAAUUUGUCCCAGAGUUUAUGUUUGAAAAAUUAUUUCCACACCAAAAGCGAGGUGUCAAGUUUCUUUGGGAUAAUAUCAACAAAGGAAGUGGUUGCAUUUUAGCUGACUUUAUGGGAAUGGGAAAAACACUGCAAACAGCAUCAUUUCUUCAUUUAUUCUUAUCUCAAGGCAAGGCAACAACAGUCCUUAUUGUUUCCCCAGCAUCUGUAAAUACUCAUUGGGUACGAGAGUUUGAAACAAUCAAAAACUGGUCGAAUGGAGCAACCACGUUUACAAUAACCACUCAUAGCCUAAGCUCAAAAAGUUCUGCUCCAGAACGAAAAAAAACUGUGAAAACAUGGUUUGACAAUGGAGGUGUGAUGAUCACAUCGUAUGACAUGUUCAGAACAUUAUGUGUAGACAAAGAUUUUUAUGAAUAUUUGUCAAACCCUGGCCCAGAUGUUGUAGUGUUAGAUGAAGGUCACAAAAUCAAACACUUUUCUUCAAAAAUUGCCAAAACUCUCAAUACCGUACAAACAGCCAGAAGGAUAAUUUUAACUGGAUACCCUUUUCAAAACAAUCUUUUGGAAUAUUGGACCAUGAUUAAUUUUGUUUCUCCAAACUUUUUAGGAGAAAAAUCGAAUUCAAACGAACGUAUUCUAAGCCAAUUCAUAGAGGUCAAGUCUCAACCAAUAUCAACGAAAAAAGAAUUGCAAGAAGAAGAGCAUGGUUGUUAUACGAAAGAGUUAAAUCGUUAA